AUGUUUCAACUUAAACAAGUAUUUUUAUUUAUUCUUAUUGUCUUCAUGAUAAAAUUAACAAUAGCU